CGGCGCUCGAUUAACCAACUGGAUGAGGCAGGAAAAUGGCGGAGAGAGCGGCGCUGUCGUCCUCGGGCAAACACAGCCCCGCGCCCGCCUCCAAGAAGUCAUGUUGGAUGGAGUCAAGUUGGGUAAGAGUGCUCCAGAAAAUAAACUGAAAGCCUUCAGCAUUGGUAAAAUGAGUUCGUCAAAGAGAACCCUCAGUAAAAAAGAGCAGGAGGAAAUUAAAAAAAAGGAAGAUGAGAAGGCAGCUGCUGAGAUAUAUGAAGAAUUCCUGGCUUCGUUUGAGGGGGCUGACUCCAGCAAAGUAAAAGCAUUUGUCAGGGGAGGCAUUGUAAAUGCAGUAAAGGAAGAACGAUUGGAAGAGCAAAAAGGAAAACUGUACAAGCCCUCCACACGGGUUCCAGAAAUAAAGGGUUUGGCGCCAGAUAAAUCCCCUCCAACGACAUAUUCAGUGGAUCCCAAAAAAACAGUCCUUAAAAAAGGUGAAAAGGAAAAGAAAAAGAGCAAUUUGGAACUGUUCAAAGAAGAAUUGAAACAAAUUCAAGAAGAGCGUGAUGAACGCCAGAAGACGAAGGGGGGCAAGGAUACUCCUUUCAGACCCAGCAGAUUUGAGCCUCUGCCAGCGGAAGAUUCUCAACCGAACCGUCGCUCUUCGGAUUCCUCGAGGAGAAGCCGACAAACGAAUGCACUUGAGGAAUUCACACCAGGUUCCCAUGAUGCAGGCGAUCCAACCACCACUAAUUUAUAUAUCGGUAACAUUAAUCCCAAGAUGAAUGAAGAAAUGCUGUGCCAGGAAUUUGGACGCUUUGGUCCUCUGGCUAGUGUUAAGAUUAUGUGGCCAAGAACAGAAGAGGAAAGAGCAAGAGAAAGAAAUUGUGGGUUUGUGGCCUACAUGAACAGACGAGAUGCUGAAAGAGCUUUAAAAAAUCUAAAUGGAAAAAUAAUUAUGGAAUUUGAAAUGAAGCUGGGCUGGGGUAAGGCUGUGCCCAUUCCACCUCACCCAAUUUAUAUUCCACCUGCCAUGAUGGAGUUGACCCUACCGCCACCUCCAUCUGGGCUGCCUUUCAAUGCCCAACCAAGGGAGAGGCUGAAGAAUCCCACCACCCCAGUGAUGCAGCCCAAAAAUCAAGAGGACUUUGAAAAGACUCUGUCGCACGCCAUAGUCAAAGUGGUUAUCCCAACAGAAAGAAACUUGAUGUGUGUUAUUCACCGGAUGAUCGAAUUUGUGGUGCGUGAAGGACCCAUGUUUGAAGCCAUGAUCAUGAACCGAGAAAUCAACAACCCCAUGUUCAGAUUCCUCUUUGAGAAUCAAAGUCCAGCCCACAUUUACUACAGAUGGAAAUUGUAUUCAAUACUGCAGGGGGACUCGCCAACCAAGUGGCGUACAGUAGAUUUCCGCAUGUUCAAAAAUGGCUCACUGUGGCGACCACCUCCUUUAAACCCAUAUCUACAGGAGCUGCUGGAAGAAACUGAGGCACGAGUUGAGGAGCAUGUGAAAAAGGGCCAACUGAAAGAAGAAAGUCAAAGAGAUAAGUUGGAGGAGCUGCUGCGUGGCCUGACGCCACGGAAGAAUGACGUGGGCGAUGCCAUGAUCUUCUGUCUGAAUCAUGCGGAAGCUGCUGAAGAGAUUGUGGAAUGUAUUGCUGAGUCUUUGUCUAUUCUCAAAACGCCAUUACCCAAAAAGAUUGCCAGACUUUAUUUGGUCUCGGAUGUUUUGUAUAAUUCUUCUGCUAAGGUUGCAAAUGCCUCGUACUACAGAAAAUUUUUUGAAUCUAAGCUAUGUCAGAUAUUUGCAAACCUUAAUGCAACGUAUAAGUCAAUACAAGGUCACUUACAGUCGGAGAAUUUCAAGCAAAGGGUGAUGGGCUGCUUUAGAGCCUGGGAGGACUGGACGGUUUAUCCUGAUGCCUUCCUCAUUAAACUUCAAAAUAUAUUUCUUGGCCUCGUGGACCUGGAGGAAGAAAUCAAAGAGAUCUCUAAAUCCCAGGUAGUUCAAACUAUGGCUAUCUAUCUUGGAUUGGUGGACGUUGAAGAGAACAAAGAUGUUGUCUGUAAGCGACAGCCAGAGCCUGAAGAACUGGAUGGAACACCUGUUGAGGAAGAACUUGAUGGAGCACCAUUGGAGGAUGUAGAUGGAAUCCCAAUUGACGGAACUGUUUUAGAGGACCUUGAUGGUAUACCAUUGAAGGUGCUAGAUGAUGACCUUGAUGGUGUUCCAAUCGAUGGCCUUGAAGAGUCCAAGAAGUUUCAGUCGGUGUUUAAAGUUGCUCCUUCAAAAUGGGAAGCUGUAGAUGAAGCACAAUUAGAAUCUCAAGCUGUAACGACGUCAAAAUGGGAGCUUUUUGAUCAGCCUACCGAAUCGGAAGAGGAGGAACAGCAAACAGAUGUUCAGCUGAAGGAAAGCGAUGAAGAUGAUGAUGACGAUAACUCUAGGUCAGAGGAACAAUAUUAUUUUUCCAACCCAAUGAAAGAGGAGCCAAUGGAAAGCAGGCCAUUGAAGUACUCUGAAAUGUCUGAAGAAAAGCGUGCAAAACUUCGAGAAAUUGAGUUGAAAGUAAUGAAGUUCCAGGAUGAGAUAGAAUCGGGAAAAAGGCCUAAAAAGGCUGGUCAGAAUAUUCAGGACCAAGUGGAACAUUACAGAGACAAACUGCUUCAAAGAGAGAAGGAGAAGGAAAUGGAAAGAGAGAGGGAACGAGACAAAAAGGACAAGGAUAUAAUCAAAUCAGAGGCACGUGUAAAAGAUAGGAAAGAACGGGAGAGUUCUUCAUCCCCUUCAAACAAAGAAAGGAAGCGGAAACACAGUACAUCUGUCAGUCCGACUCGCAUCAGCCGGCGUGUCAAAUCUCCAUCCCCAAGGUCAGAGCGCUCCGACAGAUCACGUACCAAAGACAGUCCCCACUCCCGAUCACAUAAAGAAACCCCGAAAGAUAUAAGUAAAAAAUCCAAAAGAUCGCGGUCUGGCUCACGGACGCCUAAAAGGUCGAAACGGUCACGUUCGAAGACGCCCAGGAAAUCGUCUAAAAAGUCUAGAUCCCAAUCCAGAUCUCCACACCGAUCGCACAAGAAAUCCAAGAAAAGCAAACACUAGUGAACUGUCCACAACCUUUUCUGUCAUUUUUAGUUUUGUCCUGUGCCUGAAACAAACUGUUAAGGAAUCUUAUUCCUGACUUUUUUUUUGAAUGCACAUAUAUUCAUUAUGAAUAUUCAACUCCAGUAAAUCUGUGUGCUUUUUUUUGUAUAUGAAUGAAUUUGACGACUUUAGUGCUAUGGCUCCCUAGACUUGUCGUAUAGAUUGUGUAAAAAAAACAGAUCCUUUUUAUGUUAGACUUCUCAUCAGAAACCUCCGUGUCUCCACCAGCAGUAGUCGUGUCGUAUUUGAAUAGGUGUAUGAGGAAGCCUGAAGCAGAAAUGUUUUCCUUUUGUAAUUUUUAACAUUUCAAUGAGAGUUGAAUAAAAAUCAGCACAGAAAA